GAUUCUUGACCGCCAAUCUGCCUCUUUUACCGACCUCUCGCCUUCCCCGUUAUUCUUUCUAGAUUCUUGAGUCCUUGACCGCCAAUCUGCCUCUUUUGCCUACCUCCAAAUUUACGGAAAUAAAGAUACAAGCGAGGGGAAGGGCUCUCUCUCUCUUUCCGGUUUUUCUUUUGCGGCUUUCUCCGACGACGGCCGCCGCCGACGCGGGGACGCCAGGGGAAGCGAGAGCGAGACAGAGAGCAUAGAUGGGGGCGUCGGAGACGAGGUUUAUCCAGGAGCUUGUCCUCUACGCCGCGAGCGCCGCCCUUAGCUGCCUCGUCCUCUUCGCCGGCCUCCGCCAGCUCGACCCAAACCGCGCCGCCUCCAAGAAGGCCCUCGAACAGAAAAAGGAGAUCGCCAAGCGCCUCGGCCGCCCCAUGAUCCAGACGAAUCAAUAUGAGGAUGUAAUUGCCUGUGAUGUUAUAAAUCCUGAACAUAUUGAUGUGGAGUUUGAGUCUAUUGGAGGCCUAGAAAAUAUUAAGGAAGCAUUAUUUGAAUUGGUCAUCCUUCCUCUACGACGACCUGAUUUAUUUACCCAUGGAAAGCUUCUUAGUCCGCAAAAGGGAGUUUUGUUGUAUGGGCCACCAGGUACUGGAAAGACAAUGCUUGCAAAGGCUAUAGCCAAAGAGUCUGGAGCUGUUUUUAUCAAUGUGAGGAUAUCUAAUCUGAUGAGUAAAUGGUUUGGUGAUGCUCAGAAACUUGUGGCUGCUGUAUUCUCUCUGGCUUAUAAGCUCCAACCUGCUAUUAUUUUUGUUGAUGAAGUUGAUAGUUUCUUGGGACAGCGGCGCACAACAGAUCAUGAAGCCUUAACUAACAUGAAAACUGAGUUUAUGUCUUUGUGGGAUGGUUUCACCACAGACCAAAAUGCACGUGUGAUGGUUCUUGCUGCUACAAACCGCCCAUCAGAACUAGAUGAGGCAAUACUUAGGCGUUUCACCCAGGCCUUUGAAAUUGGUAUGCCUGAUCAGAGUGAGAGAGCAAAAAUAUUGAAGGUUAUCUUAAAGGGUGAAAGGGCUGAAGACAUUGAUUAUGAAUACAUUGCCAGCCUCUGUGAUGGUUUCACUGGUUCUGAUAUACUGGAAGUCUGCAAGCAAGCAGCCUACUUCCCUGUUAGGGACUUGCUACAAGAUGAAAAGAAGGGAAAGCAGCCGAAUGGACCAAGGGCAUUGACACAGUCAGACCUGUUGAAUGCAUUAGCUGCAUCUAGAAAGGCAAAACGAGCAACAAGUGAAUACAGAUUCAGCUUGCAGUCACCCCCAUGGUCUAGGCACAGAGAGCAAGACGAUGAUCAGGUCCAGAAUGCCAUCUUGGAGAUUUCUAAAGUUGUGUCUCAUAUUGUCAACAGCCAAUCAGAAGCCCAGGACCCUUAGAAUUAUAGUCUUGGAUUCAAAUUGGCUUCGAAGCAGCUGACUCACCUGCCUUUGGAGACAACAUCUUAUGGGUUGAGAAUUAUCACGUUUUGAAGGUGUGCCGGUCCUAAAUGUUUCUACCGAAAUGCUGUUUUAUUGUUUAUCCUUUUGGUUACUUCCAUGAUCAAUGCACUAAAUCUGGAUGACUAUUUUGUCUUUAGUUUGUUUUGAUGGAUCUACAAAUAUCCUAUGGUAGUAAUAGAUGUCCCAUGGCUGUAAGAGAAGGGAUAACAUACAAAUAACAGGAGGAUUUUAGGUAGGAGGGAAAUUAUUUUAAAAACUUUCACAUUAUUUUGCAUAAUCUAUUUUCCUUAUCUGUGUUUAGAGAAGGGUAUCCAUCUGUUCAUUUACAAUGGAUGUUGUAUGAACUGUGGACUUUGUAUGGGAAGCUAUUAAUGCUCUCCAAAUUAAUUUGAUGUGUCUCAACAAAGCAUGCUAUUGAUAAAA